AUGGCAGUUAGCAUUUCGUUACUCUGUGAUGACGAUUUAAAGCUACUAGAAAGUGUCGUUGACAAAGGGAACGAAACAUUUCCCAAAUAUAAUGCUUUCGGGGAUUUAUGCUUGUAUUCGGUCUACAUUGCCAACUCAAAAACUGAUAAAGCAAGAGUACGGUGUGAUCGUAUGCUCAAAGCUUUAUUCUUCCAUGGACAACCGCUAACUUUCUUAAUAAGAUGUGAUUGGGAUGCUGAUAGAAUGCAAACAUUGGAACGAUUACAGAUGUUAUUAGAAAAGGAGCCUGAAAAUUAUCUGGCCCAUAUUCUUAUGUAUCAAUAUCAUUUUAAACAUGAUAAAUUGAAUUGCGCCCUUGCACACGCCUAUUCUGUCCUUAAAUAUUGGCCUUAUCAUAUGAAUCCAGACAAUUUAUCAAUACAUAUUCGUGAAUAUGUACAUUGCCGCCUUUUGGAAGCCGUGCAGGAAGAAUUGAACUUAGCAGCUGAAGUGUCAUUAAGCAUGAAAGCAUCAUUUUCGUCAUCAGCUUUAGAGGAAGGAAUUGGAAAAAAAUUUUGCAUCGAAAUGGAUGUAAACGAAUGCAAAAAUAAUGCUGAAAUUGUGAGACAGUCUGACAAUGACUUUUCUGUAAUGGGACAAUUUCAAAAAAAGUUAGAGGCAAUAGCACGACAGGAAUGUGGAAUAUCAAAAUUCUCAACAGAAAAAGGCCAAGAUUUGAAUGCAUAUGAAGCAGAAACACCUUCCACUAGUAAUUCGCAGUUUCUUGAUAACUCAGGAAAAUACGGCGAUUCAGGAACAUCAGAAGAAAAAGCUGAAAAUGUUAAGGGAAUGAUUGGUGCGGCGUUUAUUUAUGCGGAACAAUUGCGCCGUGAAAUCGAACACGGAUCACGAAUGAAGAAAGAUCAACACCGUUGUGAGGAUAUUACAGUUGAUAAAGAUUUUCUGAUAAAGGGAAAAUCGAAAUGUGAGAAAUCGAUAGAAUCCAAUGAGAGAAACGUGGAGAAUGGAGAUGAUUCUGAUGAUACGGUCAGUUGA